AUUAGGACCCGAGAGAUCUCUCUUCAUCGGAUCGGCGUCUCAAGCACAUCUCCCUCUCUUUCCGAUCCACUCUCUCCCCACUUUCUAUUCAUCCGUCUAUCUGACACUGGAACGUUUCUAUCAGACAAGCCAAGUCUGCUCCUUGGCUCUCUGAGGGUCCUUACGAUACCGGGGGUACCAGACGGUACCGAAGCAAGUACCGGCGUGGAUCCCCUGCCCGGGAUGUUUCCGCGCGCCUGGCUGUCGGACGUGGGACUCUGAGGGGCGUGAGCUCGGCACACAGUCCAGGGGGCGCCGUGUGGGACGCGGAGACGCUGACAUGAACCUGUGCUGGAGUGAGAUCAAACGCAAGUCCCACAGUAUCCGGGUGCGUCUGGAGGCCUUAUCGGACAACAGUGGGAAGCUGCAGCUGUCCCUGCAGGAGAUCAUCGAGUGGCUGACCGGGAAGGACGAGGAGCUGUCAGAGCAGCUGCCCAUAGGGGGCGACGUGGAGACCGUCCAGCAGCAGAGGGAGCUACAUCAGGCCUUUAUGGAGGAAGUUAAGUCCAGGGGACCGUUCAUCUACUCGGUGCUGGAGUCAGCCCAGGCCUUCCUGACGCAGAACCCCUUCGAGGAGGUGGAGGAGACGCUGGCUGACAGUAAAGAUGCAUCGCCACGGCGACGGGCCCUGAACGUCAGCCGUGCCGUGUGGAAGCAGGCCAGCGUGGCGGGCGACUUGUGGGAGAAGCUGACGGCACGUUGCGUGGACCGGCAGCGGCACAUGGAGCGCACACUGGAGCAGCUGCUGCAGGCACAGGCCGCCAUGGGGGGGCUGGCUGGCGCGCUGCAGCAGGCCGAGAGCGUGCGCGACUCCUGGGAGCCCGUGGGCGACCUCUUCAUCGACGCUCUGCAGGAACACAUCGACGCCACCAAGCUGUUUAAGGAGGAGCUGACUCAGGUGAAGGAGGGCAUGAAGCACAUCAACGACCUGGCACAUCAGCUGGCUGUCUCGGACGUGCACCUGACUGUGGAAAAUGCCCGCUGCCUGGAGCAGCUCAACAGCCGCUGGAAGCUCCUGCAGAGCUCCAUCGAGGAGAGGCUAAAGCAGCUGCAGGAUGCCCACCGGGACUUUGGCCCUGGGUCACAGCACUUCCUCUCCAGUUCUGUGCAGAUGCCGUGGGAGCGAGCCAUAUCGCCUAACAAAGUGCCAUACUACAUCAACCAUCAGGCCCAGACAACCUGCUGGGACCAUCCAAAGAUGACAGAGCUGUACCAGGCGCUGUCGGAUCUGAACGACAUCAAAUUCUCUGCGUACCGGACGGCUAUGAAACUGCGGCGGGUGCAGAAAGCCUUGAGGCUGGACUCACUGCUGCUGGCCAGUGUGGUGGAUGUCUUCCGGGAGCAGGCGCUGGAGCAGCUAGAACACAGCAUGGACGUGGUGGAGGUGAUCCACGCACUGACGGGCCUGUAUGAGCGACUGGAAGAGGAGCGCGGUGCCCUCAUCAACAUCCCGCUCUGUGUUGACAUGUGCCUCAAUUGGCUGCUCAAUGUAUAUGACAGUGGUCGCAAUGGGAAAGUACGGGUCCUGUCCUUCAAGACAGGUCUGGUGUGCCUUUGCAAAGCUGACAUCCAGGACAAGUACAAGUACCUGUUCAGCCAGGUGUCGGGGCCCGGUGGGCUCACAGACCAGCGGCACCUCAGCAUGCUGCUGCACGAGGCCAUCCAGAUCCCGCGGCAGCUGGGCGAGGUGGCCGCCUUCGGGGGCAGCAACGUGGAGCCCAGCGUGCGCAGCUGCUUCCGAGUGGCCCCGGGGCGGUCCGCCAUCGAGCUGGCCCACUUCCUGGAGUGGAUGAGCCUAGAGCCGCAGUCGAUGGUGUGGCUGCCGGUGCUGCACCGCGUGACGGCCGCCGAGUCGGCCAAGCACCAGGCCAAGUGCUCCGUCUGCAAGCAAUGCCCAAUCAAGGGCUUCAGGUACCGCAGUCUGAAGCAGUUUAACGUGGACAUCUGUCAGACGUGCUUCCUGACAGGACGCACCAGCAAGGGCACACGGCUGCACUACCCCAUUAUGGAGUAUUACACCCCGACGACCUCUGGGGAGAAGAUGCGCGACUUCGCCAAGACGCUCAAGAACAAGUUCCGGUCCAAGCAGUACUUCAGCAAGCAUCCGCAGAGAGGCUACCUUCCCGUGCAAUCUGUGCUGGAGGCAGAGACCGUGGAGAGCCCCGGCUCCUCCCCCAAGCUGCCGCACGCCGACACGCACUCCAGGAUCGAGCACUUCGCCAGCAGACUGGCAGAGAUGGAGAACCAGACCUGCACCUUCUUCACAGGCAGCCUGUCUCCCGACGAAAGCCUGGAUGAAGAUCAGUACCUCCUCCGUCACUCCAGUGCUGCCCUCGAUCUGGACUCCCCCACGGGACAGCAUAUCUUGGGCGCCAUCGACUGUGGGGACAAGGACGAGCUGCAGAGGACGCUGGAGCGGCUGGAGAACGAGAACAGGGUCCUGCAGGGGGAGUACCGGCGUCUGAAGUGGAGGCAUGAGGAGGCUGCGGCCUCGCCGCAGCUACUGGGAGGUCCGCCAGGAUCACCAGCGAGUCACCAGGACGAGGAGCUGCUGGCGGAGGCGCGGGUGCUGAGGCAACACAAGACCCGGCUGGAGACGCGCAUGCAGAUCCUGGAGGACCACAAUAAGCAGCUGGAGUCCCAGCUGCAGAGGCUCAGAGAGCUGCUGCUUCAGCCCAAAGAUGAUUCGGAGGCCAAUGGAUCAACAGCGUCCUCCCUGUCUUCGCCUGUGUCGGCGGGCGGUUACCCACGGCGACGGCACAGCCGAGAGACUCCAGACACAGAGGACGCUGGGGAUGAUGAGAAUGAGGGCCAACGUGACACGGUGCUGCAGCUGCAGGAGGUCAUCGAGCAGCUGCGUAAUGUCUUCCCGUCGGAGGCAGGCGCAUCCAGGAUGAGGCCCGAGAGGCAGGCCGCUCCUCGCUCGUGAGUGAAGGAGAAGGACUUUCCAUGCUCAACAGAGGAGUUCCCCGGGAGAGACUGCAGCUGGACCAUGUGACCCACAUCCAUCAAGCGCCUCGUGUUCCAGCCUCGACACCAGUGUGGUUCCAGAAGCUCAUUGCUGUGUCAACACUGUGUUUACCAGCUUUGGGUCCAUAUGAGCUGCGAAGCUUUUUUAUUUUUUUUUAACUCAUGCAGCACGAAACUGAGCUCAAUCUGCACAGGGGACAGAGGGGUGGUCUGUUGUCCCCAAGGGGACAGAGAGGUGGUCUGUUGUCCCCAGUGUCUCGGUUUCCUUGAACUCCUUCCCACUGCGGCAGAGAAUGGACAGACUGCGUGUGCACAUGCUGGCAAAGGCAUCGAGCGCGCAGAGCUGUAAGUGACUGUCACUGUCAGGUGGUGCGUUUUUAUCAGCCACACCCCUGCUGACCCCCCCCCCCCUGCCCCCACCCCACCGGGUGCUAAGGCUGCCUACCUGGGCCAGACAGAGUUGCUGGCCCCAGGUGAAAUAAAGAACUUUAAGCACAGUUCACAUGCCUUAAAACCCUGGGAGAUUCAGCGGAAGACGGUGCAACCCUGGGUCUCCUUUACCACUGUCCCAGUGACAUUUGUGCGUGGUGGUGUGUGGACACCAUAAAUGCACACGAGCCAUUUUCACUUCUCAUCUUCACAACUGGGAAGGAAAUGUCUUAUGGUGAACUGAAGGGCGCUUGAUGGUGAUUCUGUGGUGAAAACCAGGAAAAGCAGGUGACAAACAGAGUAGCGUGAGGAAGCUGGUUAGGAUACCACUGAAAACUUUCCAGCUUUCAAAGGCAGCACCAGCGCCAUUUAACGGACUCGUCCCAGACUGAAGUGUGUUAUUGUAUGAAUUCAGGAUAUGUAGUUCAGCAGGGCUGGUCACCCCAAUGGGGUACACCGACCUCACCGUCAAACACGAAUGUCGGCAAUAAUCUCAUUCCACAUCUGUAUGGCUUUUCUACCCAUUGUUCCGUACCUCCACACGCAGAGAUUGCUGCUUGUUGUGAUUUGGUUACUAGGCAACUGUCUCCAUGGGUGCCCCAGCUACAGAAUGCUUUCAAGGAGGGGUCGUGUUUUGUAGAAAUAACAAAUCUCCAUAUGUUAAGGUGAUUGAGCGGCUGGCGGAGCAUCUAGCCCACCAUCGUUGUGCCUCUGUGUUGACCCCCCCCCCACCCCCAUCACUCUUCAAGAUCAGCAUCACUUCACCACAGAGGGAUAUGAGAGUCAUCAGUGUUUUUCCCAGGUGCUUGAAAUCACACAUACCUGCAUAUCCUUGGGUCAUUGAACCUUUUAUUGUAUUUGGUGAACAUAAAUAAGCACAGCUAACUGCAUUUUCAGUAUAUGACAGCUCAGCCAGGAAGUGGAGCGUGAUUCGUGACUGAGAAACAUAUUGUUGAGAAGUAACCUAUCAGGGAGGACUUCACAGUUCCCACCCUUAUAGGAACCUGCUCACAUUUAUUAAUGUAUUGGAUCAAGGGGAGGUCAUGUGACCCCUGUAUUUGCUGUGUCUGUGUGUGAAUCCCAUGGAUUUACAGCAGGAAGUGCUCAUGUUCUCUCUCAGCUGCUACCACGUUAUAAUUUCAAAGCAAACAGCUAAUUUGCUCUCCUCCUCCCUCCUUUUGUCUGAUGACAGUGUGAUUUUUUUUUGUGUCACUGUUUGGAAAUGUAUUUAUUCUCACUUUUGUUUUCAUUCAAUAAUGACACAAUUUGUUUUUGUAGAAACUAAAAAGAAGUGAUUUUCAAAAUGGAAAGAUUAUAAAUGGUUGCUUUCUACUGACGUGUACAGAAAUAAAUUUGUAUUUGUCAUAAGCAA